GGGGCCUCGGCCGUGCGGCGCUACGACCCAACGGAGCACGAUGGGCGCGUGUGGUGCCCGUGCUGCGGGCGCGGCGUGCGGCGGGACGGACGGCGCGGCGGGCUGGCGCUGCUGCAAGCCGGGCUGAUGCAGCACUUGGCCGGGCCCGAGCACCGCCGGGAGACGGCGCGGUUCUGGCGGGAGAACCGGGCGGAGGCGGCGCUGCGGGAGCGGUGCCUGGUGCCGGCCGAGGAGUACGAGCACUUCGCGCAGGCUCUGGAGCGGGCGCUGGCCGAGCACCAGCAGCGGGAGGAGGAGCGCAUCCUCCAGAUGGCGGCUGACAUCCGGGAGGCCGAGCGCCGGCAGCGAGAGACGGUGCAAGCGGCGCUCCAGCUUCAACCAGACCCAGAACUUUGUGCAGGACCUUCUGUCUGCAGGCUCCCCGCAGGACCUGAACGGGACAGCCCUUGUGCUGCAGAAGAGCCUGGCCCGAGCGGAAUGCAGACAGGACCUGAUUUAGCCCGGAUGGAAUCAGGCAAGGUUCUGACCUUCAUUGGCCACCAGGAAACAGGAGGGAAAGGAAAUGUCCACACGGGAGCAAAACCUCCGUGGCUAAUAGAGGAGGAAGAUGGAAGUCAACAACAAAUUGGACCUUCCUAUGAGGAAUUUCUCAAACACAGUGAGCAGCUUACACACCUUUUAGUCAUCCUUGCUUUGCCAUACUAGAGAACCAAAAGCAAUUUCAAAAACCUGCUGAACAAAGUAUUUGGGCUUUUGAGCAACCUGGUCUAGGGGAAGGUGUCCUCAUCCAUGGUACAGGGGGGUGCAGCAACGUGAUCCUUAAGUUCGCUUCCAACCCAAACC